GAAAUCUGUCACUUAGGAGAUAAUAGUUUUUCUACAUCCAACAACCAAAAUUUACAGUAUGGAUCCACAUUCCAAAACAGUGCUCUGCUGGAUUUGUCUUCAAGUGAUCUUUGCCUCUGUUUUGUCGGAUGUGUGGAAGGCAGAAGUUGAACCUAAAAUAGAGGCACUUGUCUCAUCUUGUGUUGUGUUGCCCUGUAAGUUUAAUUACCCUGGCACGGAGCUUCCUAGCUCUCGGCUGAAGGGAAUCUGGCACGAAAAGUCAGGCAAAGAACGAAAAAUCUACGACGAAGAUUCUUUAAACAUCGCUGAUAGCUUCAAGGAUCGCACAAAGCUAAUUGGCCAACUGAGUAAGAAAAACUGCUCACUGGAGAUAGAUGAUGUAAAAGACCAUGACAACGGCCCAUUCUGUUUCAGAAUUGAAAUUCCAGGUAGAGAUAAAUUCUCCUUCGUGGAGCAGUGUGUGGACAUCAUCAUGAAGUCUGAACCUGACAAACCACAUCUGGAUAAAGAAGAGUCCUUCGUGGAGGGAACACCUGCCAUCUUUAAGUGUUCUGUCAAACACACCUGUCCCACUCACCAGCCAACUAUUGAAUGGAGUCGUAAAGAUGUGAAAACUCGUUCAUCCUAUAGGGACCAGGGCCAUGGAGUAUGGGAAGUGGAGUCCCUCUUUACCUUCACCACCACAGAGCAGGAUGAUCACACAAACAUCACCUGCACUGUCACUUAUUAUGGUGACAGAAAAACUGCAGUCACUAGCAAGAUAUAUGUCAAACGUAAAGAGAAUUUCUUUCACAUAAUUAUUCCUGUGGUUGCUGUGUUCGGGACUGUCAUUUUAUUUGGAACUGCAUGCUUCUUCGUGACCAAGAGAUACAAGCAACAGAUCCAAGAUCUCCAAUCCAGAAAUCCAAAUGGGGUAUGGAGUCGUCUUUCCAGAAUGUCUCAUAGGGUCAGGUCAGUUGGAUGGAUGAGGAGUGUGAAACGGAGCCUGAUUUUCUCACAACUAAACUAAGUAGACUCAUCUGUUGCCUGUUUUUAUAAAUACGUAUACACCCCAUAAUAAUUAAAUUUUAAGAUCCAUGCUAUAUAUAUAUAUAUAUAUAUAUAUAUAUAUAUAUAUAUAUAUAUAUAUUAUUAUUAUUAUUUUUUUUUUUUAAGGCCAGGAGUAGUUUUAAAUAUAUACAUAAAAAAUAAAUUCACACAUACAAUUAAAGUACACACACAAACAUACACACACACACCAAAAUGUACUGAAAUCAGAGCAAAAAGGGUUUUAUAUUGUAAUAUAUUUAAUUAUUUAUAUUUAUUUAUUUAUUUAUUUAUUUAUAAAUAUAAAACUUUUUAAAAAAGUUCAUUUAAAUUAAUAUUAAAAGAGGAUUUUAUUUUUAACAUCAACCAUCUUUUAGUUUUUUUUUUCUAGUUUUCUGGUUUUGCAUGAUGAACAGACUACAAUAUGUAGUUUGCUGAUUAAUUUUCCAGACGUAAUAUAUACUCUAAAUACCCACUAUUUUCCCUUAACACUUAAUUUUUUUUUUUUGCCAAACCAAUUUAUACAUUAUUUAAUGAUUGCUAGUGUGACUUGGCCGUAACAAACCAUAACUGAAAUAAACAUAAAAUAUUUUUAGGAAAACCUACCUCAAGUCAAUUCAACAGUUACUGUACAUUUACCUUUUUUUAUAUGAAUCCUUGCUUAGUCCACCAUACUGAAACAUACUGAGCUGGGCCAGGAGCAUUUAUCCUCAAUUUCCACAUUGCAAUCUAGUGGCUUAUCCAUCUCCAGAUGUACAAUGCUAGCUAUAGUGUUUUACCUGCAUUUUUGCAGCCAAACUUAAGCUGUUCCGUUUGAUAUAAAAUUUAGCACAUAUUCAGUGGCUGGAUAGAAGAGUUCACAUGACAAACUACAUAUAAUUAUUUGUAUAACUGUUUAAUAAACCAAUAUUUGUAAUUGCUGCCAAAUCUGAUAAAAUCAGCCAUGGAGUGGCAGAGACAAGGCAUAGAAAGUGAAAUUAGGCUAAUAAUCAGACUUAACUUUGAAACUACAUCGAGGACAUGUUGCUUUUUUUAAUUGUCUUUUUCGGUUCCUUUUUUUCUGUUCCUCCUUUACUACAGGAAAAAGGAAACCUACUGUAGCUCAUAUUUAAAACUGCAAAAUGCAUUUUUGUUAUUUUCCAUUUUCAUUAUUUUCCAUUUGUUUUUUCAAACUUAAAAAUUUAACAUUUUACUCAAUAAAACAGACACUGAAGCUUUUACAUUCAGCAAAGUUAAAGCUGUUCAUCCACGAAGACUGGUAUUAGACUAACAAUACAGGUUGUCUAAUUUCAAAGUCUCACAUUGCUGAUAUUGUUAAAUAACCUCUUGCAAAGAUAAUGGGAGAAUCUCUGAGGAUAUCUUUCAGGCAUAAUUAUGAUGCCUGCUCCUAAAAACCAAAUAUUAAUUAAUUUCAUAUUAACAAUGCACGCACCUUCAAGCUGAAAAACUUUAUUUAUUUAUUUAAUUAUUUCGAAGAAAAUUUUAUCAUUUAUCCUUUUUGGUUUUAAAGGGGCUAUGGAAGAAGGCAAGAGACUGAAAGAAAUGUUGUUGCUAAGCCAAACAACAGUGCAAGUACUGUGCCAGAAACAGCAGGAUUCUCAAAAGCCCGCUUUCCAUCUCCAAAGAGUGAAAAAAAAGCAUACAACUCACAUGGUGGAGGAUGUAUAGAUGAUGAUGGUGAUGACUACGCCAACGUGGGUGACCUCAAUGUUUAUGGGAAUAUCUGAUGACAAAAAUAGUGUCAUUAUUUUACAAAUUAAAUGUUUAUAAAUGUAAAGUGUCUUGUUGUUUACCAUUGUAAUGAGAAUUUUCAUGCUUUUUACUGUAGUUGAUCAGUCUUCAUUUGUUGGCAAUGAUACUAAGAUUUUUGCAUAUUAGAAACUUCUGCUAAGCAACAACUUUAUCACAGGUUAUUCUGUUUUUCACUUUUCAGCAGGUUGAGUUUUAGUUCCUUUUACUGAGUAGUGAGUAAUCAAAUGAGAUUUACACCCACACAACUAUUCUAUCCAAGCAUCAACUACAGUACAUCACAGAAAUAUGUUUAUGAUAAUGAGGAGAAUUAGACUUAGAAUUAGACUUAUAAACAACAAACA